AUGAAAUAAUAGCCAGAACCAGAGAUUCCUACUCUAUAAUAAUAAGACAAAUAUUUAGAGAAGAAGCGAUCAGGACAAGGCUUAGAAAUAAAUUUCAAAUUGUUUAACGAUUUUUUAAAAUUAAGAGCAUCAGGUUUCUCAAAAGUUACUAUCAUGUUGAUUGUUUCGUUUUUUCAUUAAGCUUUGAGUUAUAUUGCUUAGUAAGUCUCAUCUUUAUAUUCUGAUAUAAGCACCUAGCAGACUUACACUAUUCAACCGAGAGCACCUUAUUAAAUUAAAUUUUGAGAGCUUGUUAAUAUGUAGAUCUCCUCAGUUUAUUGAGAAUAGACACUAACUUUUCGUAUUUCAUCUUUGCAAUAGCAUUAAUCUUUACUAUAGGCUUGACUCUACUAUAUUUAAUGAUAUAUAUUUUAGGACCAGAAUACAAGCCAAGAAAAAAGUUUAUUGGAAAAGUAAGAAAUAUAUAUUAAUACAAUAGUUAUUUGUAUUCCUUUGCGAUAUUUAUAUUUGGUUAAUGUUUUUUCCUAGCAUGAUAACAUGUUUUGAAUUUUGUCUAUGUAAUUAAGAGGAAACAUGUAAUUUUGAUGGAGUCAGAUUAAUUUUAACAUUGUUGGCUAUUUUAGGAUUGUUAUGUGGUUUACUAAAUAUAAUUGUAUUAACUUCUUUGUUUCAAAAUAAUUGGGAAAAUAAAAAAGAUUGUUUUAAUGGAGAAAAUGUUAUUUAUUUAACUUGUUACCAGUUGAGCCGUUUUGUAUUAGCUUUUCUAGUUGUAUUUAGGUAUAAAUAUGAAUAUUAUAUUGAAGCACUAAUAUAUACACUUUUUUUUGGUUAUUCAUGGUAAUAUCCUUUACAAUUUACACAUUAUUUUUAAUAAAUAUUCUUUUAGGGAGUGGUUUCUUAGCUUUUGGUACUAAAUAUACUAGAUCAUUAUUUAUUAUACUAUUGAUAUUAAUGAUUAGUACAACGUUCUCAUCAAUUAUAGAUGAAUUGCAUCGAAGUUAGAAUUCAGAUACAAGCGUUGAAAACUUUAGCGUUUACUUUGUAUUUAAUUUGCUGUUUCUGUUGCUAGUAUUUAGUUAUAAUUUAAGAAAUGCUUAAAGUCUAAGUAUUUAAUUUGAUAUUCGUUCUCUUACUCCUGAGGAUUUACAUAAAUAAAUAUAUACAACCUUAGCAUUCCUAGAGGUUUCUAUAACUGAUAUUUCAAUUGAUACUUAUUUCAAAGGAAUUCUGUAGAGACAUUUGGAUUUUGAAUGUUAACAUCCUGUAAUAAAAGGAGAAGGAAGAUGUUUUUGCAAAAAAAAAAAAGUAUACGAUUCAAAAAAGAGAAAAGAAGUGAGAGUUGAGGAAUGGAUUACAAUGAAGGCAAUAAUUAUGAAAUUUCUAAUAAAAAGUUGGAUUGAAACAUAUUUAGGUGAAAGACCUAAUGAUAUUGGUGUAUAAAUACUUUAUGCUAGGUAAUAAUUUAAUAAAUAGUUUAGGUUUAUGUUUAGCAAAUUUCAUAAUCAUUAGAUUGCUUUGCAUAUAUUGUCUGAUUUAGAGAAGAGAUUUACCUUUUUAUUGGAUAGAUAUAAAUCUUAUUAAUUAAAAUGGAAAAUAAUAAAAUUUAUACGUCAUAAAAAUAGCGACAGUUAUAAAGGUAAAUUAGAAAUAGAAAAUGCUUUAUUUGUAGAAGAAUAGAUAGAUUCAAUAAAAAAUAAUAUAACGAAUAUUUUGAAAUAGAAUUGUGUAUUUUGGAAUAAUCUUCAAUAGACAACUAUUGAUAUGAGUGAGAUGGAUAAUCUUUUAUAAAUGUAAUUUAAAAAAAUAGAAGAGACAAAACAUUUAUGGAUAACAAUUACUAAUUAUCUUGAAUUUAAGAAGAAAUGGAAAUUUUAUUAUGCCUGGUUUACACUUUAUAUUUUGAAUAAAAAGAUCAAGAAUAGAAUUCUAGACAAUUUUUAGGGUUUUUAAGUAAAUGAGAAUGAUAUCUUUUCUGAAGAAUUGUAAGAACACAAUGCUGAAGAGGAUGUAAAUAGUGUUAAAUCAGGAUAUUUAGAUAAUGAUAAAAUAGAAAUAAAAAACAGGAAGAUAAUAUUUGAUAGAAAAGCAUGCAUUAUAUAAGCUAGUGAUGAUAUUUAAUCUUAAAUUCUCAAAGUAAAUAAAUAAUUUACUCGAAUAUUUGGAUAUUCAAGUGAAGAAGUAAUUAAAAAGUAAUUAUGUAUUAAAACUUUAGAUUACCUAUUAUAAAUUUAAUGCCUGAUGUUUAUAGUAAAGUACAUCCUCAAAUUUUAAAUGAUUAUAAACAAACAGGUAGAACUAGCUCUCUCUAUUCUCAAAGAAAGAUUUAUUGUCUUCAUAAAUCUGGAAUUAUGUUUACUGCAUGGAAAUUCCUUAAAUUAUAUGUUGAUUUAAAUGGUCUAUCAUAAUUUGUUAUUAUGGUUAGACCUACUGAUUUUGAUAAUGAAAAAAAACAUGAUUACAUGAUUCUAAAUAAUGAUUGGGAAAUUAAUGGAAUGACAAAUAAUGUACUCUAAGGACUUAAUCUUGACCCUAGUCUUUUUAAAAAAGUUUCCUCUGAAUUCAUUCUUUUUAACAUGCUAUUGUUUGCUCCUAAACUAAUUUAAUAUUCUAGAAUUGCUCCUUUAAUUAAUGAAGAAAGAGAUCUAUCCAUUUUUGGAAUGAUGAAAAAUCCAAAAAAACCUGUUUAAAAAAUUAUUCAUCAAUAAAAUGUCCUUGAAAAUCAAUUAUCAAAUUCUAGCAAACCAAGAAUCAAUGUUAAUAUGUUAGGUUCUGCUUCACUCAAAUAAUCAUUAGGAAAACCUAUAUAAGGUAUGUAUUCAGAUCUUGAUUUUGGAUCUAAAGUUUUAUUACCAUAAUAAUCUAUUGAUUAAUAAGUCUAAUAAUAACAACAAUAAUUAGUUGUCUAAAAUGAAAGAGAUAAAUUCUUAUAACACUAAAUGAGUUCAAUUAGUGAUAAAAAUGAAUUUGAAGAUUUUAAUAAAUAAUUAGGAUAAUUUGAUAAAAUCUAAAAUCUUAAUUAAGAAAUGGAAAGAAGGGCUGAAGAAUAGAUUAAUCAACUCAAAGAAACUUAAUUUUAAAAUAAUUAUUAAAAAAUUUAAACUUUGGGAAUUAAAGAAAAAGAUGCUUUCAGUGAAGAUAAUGCUACUAGAGAUGAAAUUAUUGAAAAAAUUAAAGGAAUUAAAAUCUUAGAAGGUAAAAUAAAUAGCGGUGAAUAAAUUCAAUUUAGAAUGAAAAUUCCAGAAAAUAUGGAUAAAAUUAUUGAUUAUUAUACUACUUAGAAAUCUAAGAUGUACUAAUUAAAAAAAUAAUAAGAUGAAGUAUUAUAUAGUUAUUAUUAUUUCAGUAAGUUAAGUAAGAAGAAGUUGUUGAUCAAGUUAAGAAAAAGGAAAAAUUAUUUAUCAAAUAAGGAACAUAACAAAGAGAAUUUAGAAAAAAAGCUAGGUUAAUGUUUUAAAAAGCAGCAGAAAUGAAAAGAUGUUAAGAUGAUGUGUAAUUUAUUAAUCUUAUGAUUUAGAAACUUUUAUGAAUUAUUGGUAGAAAUUUAUUAGAAACUUAUAUAAGAGUAAAAAACUCGUACUUAUAAGGUGAAUUGUACAAUAUAAUUUCUAAAAAUUAAAGAUGAAAGAGUCGGUAUUAUAAAAAUUAUUUCAAUAAAUGAAAUAAUGAAAAUAAAAAGAGUAGCUAGAGAAAGGGAUGGAAAUCGUAAAUAAUCUGUGUUUUUAAAAAAUAUUUAACCUUCAAGAGAUUUAGGGGGGAGAGGAUCAAAAUUAUCAGCCACAAAUUUAGCAAAUCAAUUUGAAAAUUCAAAAUUUGUAUCUAUGGUAAGUGAAAGUGAUACAAAAUAAUAAAUAAGUCCGGUAGAUAUAAAAUCUGCUCCUAAGAUUCCUCUUAUAAAAGAUAAAUAAUCUAAAGGAAAUUUAGGUUAUCAAAUGAAUGGCCAAGUUUAAGUUUAAGUUUAAGAAUUAGAUGAUGACAAAGAUCUAUUAAUUGAUAGUAAAGCAUUUAAUAAGAUGAUAAAUUGGGAUACUUUCUAACAAUAAUUUAAAAUGUAAUAAGGAGCACUUAAUUUCUCACUAAAUGCUGGAGAUAAUAUAUAUAGAAAGGAAGAUAAUAAUAAACCUCGUAAAUUUUUAAUAAAGAUUGCAUAUUUAACUUGGUUUUUGAGAAUUAUGUUUGUUGCCAUUAUAACCUUAAAUCUAUUGACAUAUUUUCUUAAACCUUUUCUAGAAUUCAACCCUAUGAUAUCUUAAUCAUAAAGAAUAUUGGCAUUAUCUUAAAUGUAAACAACAAUGAUAGAAACUUAUGAUACAUUGUUAGAUCUCCUAAUAUUUAGAGAAGAUUCUGAUUUUAAUGAGAUAGGAAUGAAAGAUAAAUUAACUUAUUAUAGUUAUCAAUUAUCUUCAAUUUAGUAGAGUUAUGAAUUUCUUAAAAUUUAAAUACAAGAUUUAGAUCAACUUUAAACUUUUCUUGAUGAUAAUAUAUUUUAUUCUACUCCAAUAUCUGAUGAAUCAAUUAUAGGUGCAGCUAAUACUACUCUUACUUUAGAUAAUAAAGAUAUCUUCUCAAAGUUUAUUAUGUUAGAACACUAAAUUUCAAUGAUGGAUGCUCCUUUAUUAGAAAUAAUAAGUCCUUCAGAUCCUAUUGUUAAGUUUAUUCGUUUUGUGACCAUACCAUAAUUAUAUAAUUAACUAAAUAAUGCUGUUAUGGAGUUAUAAACUGUUGUUUUGGACAAAUCAGAUUCCAUUUCUGAUUUUGUUGUAAUCAUACUUAGCAUUGAAGGUUCUCUCUUAGCUAUAGGUUUUUUUGGAUUACUUAUUAUAAUCUUUUGGAUCAGUCAAACUUUUAAAGCUGUUUUAAAAAUUUUCAUACUGAUCUAAAAGAAUGAUUUAAAUAAAAUAGUUAAACAAUAAAAAUUCAUUGAAAAUUAAUUCAAGUACAUAAUCACAAAAGAUUUAGAAAUCAGUGGAAUUUAACCAAAAAGUGUUUAUUAAAGAUUCAAUUCUCUCUCAUCUAAAAAUAAUUUUCAGAUGCAAUAAAACUUCCUCUUAAUCAAUGAAGAAGAAGAAUAAAAUAUGAAUAAGAAGAGGGAAAAAAAUAUUAUUGAUAGAUAAUUGCUAAAAUAGUUAACUCUUAAAUUAUAUGCAACCUACAUAAUUUUAGUUUUAUUAUCUGCAGGAGCUUCUUUAGCUUUUUUCUUAACUCUUAAAUAAGCAAGUAGUAACAUUAGUAAUAUCAUUACUAUUGGAUACGUAACAAUCUCUGACUUUUCUGAUAAUUAAUUACUUUUGGUAUCUGUUAAGGAACGAUACUAUAAUGAAGACAAUUAUUAAUCAAAUUUCCUUCCAUAAGUUCAGAGUUUGCUUGAAAAUCAAAUUGAAACUAUCAAGCAAACUCCUUCUAUUAAUAAUCCUGGUUAUGGAGAAUUUUAUAAUGGAUUCCAAGCAGUUUAUUUUAGUAAUCUUUGUAGUUAUUUAUUUAAUUAUACCUGUAUCUAAUUUAUAUUAACUUUAGUAUUAACUUAAACUGAGCAGAGUGAUUGUGAAACUUUAAUUAAUGGAAAAUUAAAAGAUGGAAUCAUUGCAUUUAAUUAGUAUUUCCUUUCUAAUGUGCAGGAUUACGUAUUAUUAAAUAUUGAUAGAUUUGGAUUUAUCAAUAACAAAUAGAUUUGGAAUUUUAAUUCCUGUAUAGACUAUAUUAAAAGAGCUUUUAAGACUUUACUUACAGAAUGGGCUAAGGUAUUAAAUCAAUUAAAUAUUCAAGGAUUUAAAUUAAUUAAUUGAUUCAAAUAUCACAUUAAUUUUAGUAUUGCUAAUUGUUAUGCAAUUAUUUUAAUUAAUAGUAUUUUUGGUAAUUGCUGAAAUGUAUUUGGUAAAUCAACUUAAUAAGACCUUCUCCUUUUAUCGAUUAGUUUAUAAAUCAUACAUGCCAAAUGAUAUUAUUUAAAAAGAGAAAAUUAUCAGAGCUUAAUUAAUACGCUAUAAUAUAAUUAAGAAAUGA